AUGACUAUAACAUUUGUGCCUGGUGAGGUAAAUAAAAGCUCGUCUUCAGCAGUAGAAGCGACUUGGAAAGAUCAUCAUAUCAUUGCGUAUGGUUCAGGUAAUAAUUUAAUAAUAUUAACUGCAAAAUUCAUAUUCACCAAGAAAGGAGAUAAAGUUAUUAGUAUUGAUACAAAUUUACAAACUAUUUAUUUGGAAAAAGAUUUAAUAGCUUUGAACAUUAACGAAAAUAAUGGGUUUAUUUCGAUAGCAUAUGAUCGUAAAGUUAUAAUAUUUAAACCAAUUGCAGAGUAUAUGAGAAUUCCAAAAUGGACUGAAACUUAUCAAUUUGAAGUAAGCUCUAAAGUUAAUUGUUUAGAAUGGGCAACAGAUGAAUAUGAAUUAGUUAUUGGAUGUCAGGAAAUGUUAUAUUUAUAUCAUAUAUAUGAAGAAAUUGGAGAAAUACAUGUAAAUAGAAGAUGGGAGUCAAUUCAACCAAAUCCAAUCACCAAGAUAUGUAUUACACCAAGUGCAAAAUUAAUAAUGACAACAAGUGGCUAUUAUGAUAAGCUAAUAAAAGUAUGGACAAGAAUCAAUUAUGGUGACGAAAAUACCUUAUUUGAAGUUAGUUAUUUAUUACAUUCAAAUUACAUUAUAGAUUUCCAUUGGAGAAAAAAAUCAUUAGCUCAACAACAACAACCACAGAAAACAAUAGAUAGUUCAAUGGCUAAUAUAAAGAAAAUACGGAGUUAUAUUAAUUCAAUCGAUGAAAGUGAAGUUAUUUAUAGUUUUACAAAUGGUGAAUUUAAAGUUUGGGCAUCAUAUGAAACAAACGGUCAUAAUCAUAUAAGUGAUUGGGCAACGCUUAAAUUGGAAAAUGUUGCAAAUAUACUUGUUGUAGAGAAUUACUACCUACAAGAAACUUUAAUACCAAUACUAAAAAAUAGCACCAACAAAAUGUUUGAAGGUUUAAAUUUAAAUGAUUUGGAUUUAUUAUAUACUAUUACAGCACAAGGAAAUGUAAAACUUUUUGCAAUUUCAAAUAUUUCACAAACUCCACCAAGUAAUAUAAAGUUCAAAUUACUUAAUGAAUAUAAAGUUGAAGUCUUCCCACAUUUGAACCUACGAUGUGACCAUGAACUAACAAUUGAUUAUAUACAAAGUGAAGAAUUUAUAACCACUUACCUAAAUCCAAUAAUUUUUAAGAAAAUUUGUAAACUACCAAAAGUGCAGGCACUUUCAUUUCUAGUCCAUGAUAGAAUUAAAAAUACACUAAGAUACGAAGUAAUAAAUUUUAAAAAAAUAUCAAAAGAACUCGGAAUUUCAUUGUAUAAUAAGUUCCAAGGUCAUAAUAAAUCUAUAAGAAAAUUAGUCAGAUCAAAUUCAUUAUAUUCAUCAGAAAAUGUAUUAUUAUCAAUAUCAAAUUUUGGUCAAUUCAAUUAUAUAUGGGAACCUAUAAUUUUAGAAUAUGGAGUAGUCUCAAUAACAAAAAGAUUUCAAAUUGAUGUUGGAGAUAAAAAUCUGAUUUGGGAUGCUGCAAUUAUAAAUGAUAUUGAACCACCAGCUGGUUUUAAAAGAAGACAUUUAGUUAUUAUAGUUGAAAAAACUGGUAGUAUUUCAUUAUGGGAUUGUAAUGGUAGGAUUAAUGAUGAUUUACCAGCAGAAUUAAUUUUAAAAGUUGAAAACUUUCAAAUUCCAAGAACAUUUGUAUUAACUGAAUGGCCAACAACACAACUUAACUUAAAACAAUAUUGUGUCGUCGCAAUAUAUGACAAAGAUGAAAUAAAAUGUUGGAAAUUGAAUUUAAGUUAUGAAGACACUAAGGUCAUUGAUAUUAAAUUCGAAGAACAACUUAUAUCACAUUUACCUCAAAAUACAGACAUUUAUCAAAUAGUUAGAGUUGAUGCGUUUUUAACAACUCCCGAUAAAUCAUUAAUAGCUGUAAUAGACGAACAAGGUUUAUUUAAUAGUUAUACAUUAAUUUUUGAUAAUAAAGAAAAUGAAAAACUUGAAUGGGUGAAUACAUAUUCUUUACAGACAAACAUCAAAAAAUCCAAAAGGAUCAAUGGUUCAACUGUAUCUGGGAAAGUUGCAGUUCUUGAUGAAUCAGGUAAAAAAGUAACUAUAUGGGAUACAGAUCAACAAUUUUUAGAAUAUGAAGAGACAUUUCAAGAAGAAGUUAAAGAUUUAGAUUGGACAUUUAUAAAUGCAACUGAAAAAGAAAAAUCAACUACAAAUGCAAUUUUUUCAAUAGGAUUUAAUCGUCAUGUUUUAUUAUAUACUCAAUUACGUUAUGAUUAUACAAAUCAUAUACCAACUUAUACAUCCAUAAAAAAGAUAGAUAUAUCAGAUUAUACAUCACAUGAAAUUGGAGAUUCUAUAUGGUUUGAUGAUGGGUAUUUAGUUAUUGGAAGUGGGAAUCAGUUUUUUAUAGAUGAUAGAUGGAUUAAAUUAGGUUCUAGUAAUAUUGAUUCAACAAUAAGACAAUUAAUGAGCGGGUAUGAAGUUGCUGGUGCUGGUGGUGCAGAAGAACAAAUUUAUGAUAUUUCAAACUUAGUAAGAGUAUUGAAUGGCCCAUUACCUUUAUAUCAUCCACAAUUUUUAAUUCAAGCAUUAUUUAUGAGUCAAAUUAAAAUAGUUCAAGAUAUUCUAAUUAAAUUAUUUCAAGUAUUAAGAAAUGAUGAACCAAUUUUAUGGAAUUUAGGUAUGGAAUUCAAUGAAAAAUCUUAUAAUUCUAAAAGAAGAUUAUCAACUUAUAAAUUAGAUAUUUUUACUGAAUUUAAUGAUGAAUUAGCUAAAUUAUUAAUUGAAAAAUUAAUGAAAAUCUCAUUACCUUUAUUAACUAGACAUCAACAAAGUACUUUAAUUUCAGUAAUUACAAUAGUUCAACAAUUAGAAAAAUUUACAAUUGAUGAUAAUGGAAUAAGAUUUAUGAUUGGAUUUAAAUUAUUUCAAUUAUCAACAAAACAAAAAAGUCUCUCAAUGAGAGAUAUAAAUUGGGCAUUACAUUCAGAAAAUAAAGAAGUAUUAUUGGGAUCAGUUGAAGAUUAUUAUAAACAAAAAUUAACUUGGGAAAAUGUUAAAAAAACAAAAUUAGUAUAUUGGAUUAAAACUGAUAGAUUAAUUAAAUUAAUUGAAUCUGUUGCAAGAAAUGAAUUUAGUUUAAAUCAAGAUCCUUCAGGAAUUUUAUCAUUAUUUUAUUUAGCACUUCGUAAAAAACAAAUUCUUUUAGGAUUAUGGAAAAUAGUAAAUCAUGAAGAUAAAACAAAAAUGAUAUCAUUUUUAAAUAAUGAUUUUACAACUGAUCGUUGGAGAUCAGCUGCUUUAAAAAAUGCUUUUGUUUUAUUAGGUAAACAUCGAUAUUACGACGCUGCUUAUUUCUUUUUGUUGGGAGAUAAACCAUUUGAUUGUUGUAGUAUAAUAGCAAAUAAAAUUGGUGAUAUAUCAUUAUCUAUAGCAAUUGCAAAAGUUUAUUGUGGUACCGCCACUAUUAAUAAACAAUAUGAUGAAGUUUUAAUACAAAUUAUUGAAAGAUUUAUAUUACCAAAAGCUAUUGAAAAUAAUGAUAGAUGGACAAUAAGUUGGAUAUUUUGGCAAAUUCAAGAAAAACAAUUAAGUAUACAAUCACUUAUAAAAUCACCAAUUGAAAUGAUUUCAAAAUCUAAAAAUUUUGAAAAUUUUAAUACUAAAACAAUUAAAUUAUCAACAAAAGGUCAAUCAUUUUUAAGUGAUGAUCCAGUAUUAAUAUUAUUAUUUAAUGAAUUAAGAAAUCAUAAAGUUGAUUAUUUAAAAGGAUCAUUUGAGAUAAAUCCACAAGAAGAAUUUGAAGCAGUUAUCAAAGUAUCUAUGAUAUAUACAAGAAUGGGUUGUGAUUAUUUAGCUUUAUUAUUAUUAAAAAAUUGGAUGUUUUUGAAAAACUUACCAAAUUCUAAUGGAAAAUUAACAGAAGUUGAAGAAAAAGAAGAACAAAGAGAGAAUGGAUUUAUGAAAAAAAUAAUAGAAAAAGAAGCACCACCACCUCAAGUAUUUGAAGAACCAGAUAUGAGUGCAUUUAAUUUUGGAUUUUGA